AUAGAAUCUGUCCAUACAAAAGAAAACAAAAUAUUGGAAAGGCUGGUAUAAGUUAUAAAAAAUACAUACUUAUUUCACAGGUUACAAAAAAAAAGAAAAAAUAAUAAUGACAUUUCAGAAAACAAAAGUAAAUUUUAUUUAUCACUAUUGCUACUGUAAUUCAAAACAAUCUACCUUCUCUUUUAAUUGGCACAAACUCAUUAUCCUCAUCACUUAAAAUACUUGGAAGUUCGACUUCAUUUUCAUUAUUAAUUUUUUCGGAAAGAUAAAUUUGUUCUCAAAUUUUUAGGUUUUUGUUAAGUUUUCAUAAAUUUUCUGAUAUUUGCUGCAACAUUUCUUUAAAUCUUGUUGAAAUUUUAAAACUCGUUGAAUGUUUAGAUCAAUGUCUACAAUGGCACUUUCCAAUUUUAUGGCUAGUUGAAGAGAUGUUAUGAAGAUUUUCUAAGUCGCUGUCACAUUCAUCAUUGGAAUGAGUUUUAGAUAUAUGAAUUAAGUCAGUAUCGAUUAAUUUACGAUAGUAAAUUAGUAAUGUCACGAUAGUAAAUCAUUAAUGUCAUUCUCAUUUAAAUUGCCUAAGCCUUCUUUUUCAAACCUUUGUGAUAAAUUAAUAAUACUAGUUAUUUCUUCCUUUGUUGUCAGAACCAUAUUACCUGGUACAACUACUUCUGGCCAUAUUGUUUUCCAGCAAGCAUUUAAAGUUCAAUGUUCUAUAUCACUUAAAGCCAAAGCAAUAUUCUUAACACAAUUUAAAAUAGUAUAUUUUUCCAAGCUUCUGAAAUCGUGAGAGAUUCAUCAUUUCCAAGUUUAUUAAAAGUAUCGUGGGAAGUCUGUUUAAUGUAAUUAAUUUUAAAGGUAGCAAUUAUGCCUUGAUCUAAAGGUUAGAUCAAGGAAGUUGUAUUUGGUGGUAAAAAGACCACUUUUACGUUUGGAUGCUCUAAGUUAAAUAGAUAACAUAGUGCCUUAUCCAAUAUUAAAAGUAAAUUUGAAAGGAAGACCUUUUUCUUCAUAUAAUUUUCUGCUUCUACAACAGAAUAUUUAUGAUGAUUGUGAAAAACCUCAGCAGUCACCCAUGCCUUUUUAUUUGCUACCCAAUGACGGGAAAAUCAUUUAAAUCUGUUCAUUUCACUGCUUGCGAUCGAAGAACUCGAUUUAUGAGUAAAGAUUUCAUUAGGUAAUCCCCUGAUGCAUUACAGCAAAGUAGCAAUAUCACACGAUCUUUGUUGACCUUAAAGCCUUUAACACCUUUUACAUUUUGUGUUACAAAAGUUCUGUCAGGAAUCUUCUUCCAAAAAAGCAUUGCCUCAUCAAUAUUAAAUACCUAAUCUGGAACAUAUCCAUUUUCAAUUAUUUGAGCAAUUUGUGAUAAAAAUUCUCAGUUGCAGAUUUAUCAGCAGAUGCAGCUUCACCUUUGAAUUUAAGAUUCCGUAAUUAAUACCUUUUUUUGAAUUUUUGAAACCAUCCUUUACUGCCAGAAAAAUUAUCUAUUUUAUCAAUUGCUGAAGUUUUUUUAAACUGUUAAAAAUAUGCAUAGCCUUUCCUUUUAUUAUUAAACUGCUCAUGGGUUUCUUUUUGCGUGUCCUCCAUCCAAAUCAUCAAUGCUUUCUCUAUAUUUUCUAUUACAGGAAAUUUCUUGUGUACAAUGAACACUGUGAACUUUAUUAAGUUCCAGAGGCCACACUAUUUCUAAUAUUUUCCUUCCUUUUCUUGACUGUUCGGACAGUGGAUUCAUUUAUUUCACAUGCCUUAACAAUUGCUGAGGAUUUUUCUCCUUCUUCAAGUCGACUUAAAAUUUUCAUUUUCAUAUCCAAAGACAUAGAUUUUUUCUGUCUUUUUAUUAUUGAACGUUUGUUAAAUAUUUUAUGUUGAAUAUAUAUAUUGAAUAAUAUACCAUUGCUAAGGCGGACUGUUCUAACUAAGACUGAUUCUAACAUCUAUAUGUUUAAAUUAAGUAUUGUUUUACCGAUACUUUUUAUGCGUAUAGAAAGUACUGUAUGAUUCAGACUCGCGUAAAAAAAGUGCCGUAAUGGAGGGACGAAUAUACAUAAAUAAGUACAAUACUACAAACGAGAUAUAUAUCUUGCCUGUGCCCAUACUUCGCAUACGUGAAUUUUACAGCCCUUCGCGACACCUGUCGCGAAAAUACUGCAGUAAGCGAUGCGUUGUUUCAGUUCCGGGCGUUCCUCGACGACAAACAAACAUGCAUCGUGUAGCGGGAGGAAAUACGACAGUUGACGAAAUUGUAGCGACUUGCUCGCUCGUGCACUAUAAUUUUUCUAAUCCAAUAGUGUAGAUAGUUUGACACUAUAAAAUGUAGCUCCAACUCCUUAGACUAAAUUCGUUGUUGCGGUUAGGGAACUGCAUACCCAUGAGAUCAACUUCCAUUCCCAUCUUCAGCACGUUGACGUUUACUGAGGAGUGGCGCGCAAAAAGAUGGCCAGCUCGCCGACCAGCAUCGAAAAUCAAAUAGACAGUUUCUUGGAACAGUUCAAACGCAGUGCCUCCCGCGCUAUGGAAGAGUCUCACAGAUCCAGUUACAAUGCUUGCAGCAGUAGUAUCAGUCAUAGCCGGAGUGGAAAUCUGGAUCUUGAGAUCUUGGAAGCUGGUGGAAAAACUCGAGAAGGAUGUCCCAUAAUUACUUUUCCAGAUAAUGGUAAUUUUCAUAAUUUAUCUGACUUGGAUUACCAACGUCUCAUGUUGUAUCUUACAUCUGUGCCAACGGUUUUUUCCCUGGUUUAGUUCAUGUAGCAUACGUUUUGCGUCCAGCUGGAUUUUUACAAAAAGCUAUUUCAGAAGUAUCAAACAAGUUGUUUAGAGAAGAUUUCAAAUUUAGAGUUAUAUUUUUAGCAAAUGUUACUGAACUCCAUGAAUUUAUAGAUAAAGAUCAGCUAACCGAACAACUGGGUGGUACCUUGCCAUAUUGUCAUCAUACUUGGAUACAGAACAGAAUUAGUUUAGAAAAAUUUUCAUCGAUGACUCAAGACGUAUCUCUUGCAUUGGAUUCCUUCACCCGGCGUUUAGCCGAAAUUGAAUUUCCUAAUAAUACAGUGGCAACUACAUCUUUACUAUCUCAACAACAAAUAGAAUAUAAUGAAUUAAAAGAAGAAAUUCUUAGUGCUGCAAGACAUGGUGAAGCACUAUUGGAUAGUGUAAGGCAAUUAACUGGCAAGGGAACAGCUGACAGAUUAGGAAAUGUUGCAGCAAUAGAAAGAUUACUUGUUCAAUUAGAAGAAACAGAACGUACUUUUGACUUGUUUUGGACACAUCAUAGCUCUCGUUUGAGGCACUGUUUAGCAUUAAGACAAUUUGAAGCAGACUUCAGAGAGCUACAAGCAACAUUAGAUCAACAUUUAAAAACUAUAGAAGAAAUGACAGAAGUAGGAGAAACUCAAGCAAGAGUCGAGCAGUUGCUUUGCGACACAUCAGCAUUUCAAAGAAUAUGUAGAAUACACAUACAUAUAAUGCACAUCAUGCACAAAUGUUAUUUUGCACCGCUUUCCUCAUUUUGUCGAUAGUCCUAUUUGUUGCAUACCAUGUGGAUUUGGGUCUUGGGAGAUAUAGAACGAGCGGAGGAGGUAAUAUCUGCUGGUCAACAGUUAUUAUCUGGAAGGCAUCAAUGUCCUACAGAUGUUGUAGAACCAAAAUGCGUUGAACUACAAAGAAUUUGUACCAUUCUAAGUCAAAAAUUAGAAAGACGACUACAUAUGUUAACUAAAUGCAGGGAACUUAUGGAACGCAUAGAUAAGGCAAACACAUGGUGCACACGUGGUAUAGAAUUACUUGCAUCACAAAAUAACACAACACCACCUGAUCAAGCACUUCAGGAGUUACAAGAGUUAAUAGAAGCUGCUGAAGAAUUUCAUCAGCCCAGAUGUAUUUUUCAAGAUUCUGUAAUGCCUGAAACUAAGGCUCUCAUCAGUCAAGUUUUACAAAGAAUAGAAGAUGUGUCUUUAAUGUGUGAUAAAAGAAUAAUGACAUUAAAACAGCAAUUAAUUAAACCAGCGAGGCCAGUUCAAACUGUAACACCUGAACCAGUUAAACCGUUACAAUCACUGCCUCAAAUUGUUAAACCUGGAAGAAUUCUUAAAAAGGCUAACACUAUGCCAAAGAUGGAGAUGAGUCCUAUAGAAGGAGAAUCUUCGUCUCCAGAAAGUGAAUCUAAAGACGUAGAAGCUUCACGUUUAAAGCGUGGACAUGUUUUAGCUGAAUUAGUUGAAACCGAACGAAUCUAUGUUGCUGAAUUAGGUUCUAUAAUUAAAGGUUAUAAAAUGGAAUUAACAAAUGAAGCAAUGGCUCAUUUAGUACCAAUGGCAUUAAUAGGCAAAGGAGAUAUUUUAUUUGGAAACUUAGAAGAUAUUUACAUUUUUCACGGGGAGACAUUUUUGAAAGAUUUAGAAAAUUGUAUUUCAAAUACUGAACUUGUUGCAUUAUGUUUUGUACAAAGGCGCGAGGUGUUCUUUAGAUUAUAUAGUUACUAUUGUCAAAAUAUUCCGAGAUCCGAAAGAUUGCGAGAACAGAUACAAAAUGAACCACAGUUUCUUACAACUUGUCAACAAAAACUUGGUCAUAAAUUACCUCUUGCUGCAUAUCUCUUAAAACCUGUUCAACGUAUAACAAAAUACCAAUUGUUAUUGAAAGAUCUCUUAAAAUAUAGCGAUGAGCCAUCAUGUUGUACUGAAUUACAAGAAGCAUUAGAUUGUAUGCUUGUUGUAUUAAAGUGUGUCAACGAUAGUAUGCAUCAGACUGCAAUUACUGGAUUUGGUGGUGAUCUAAAUGCACAAGGUGAACUGUUAUUGCAAGGUUCUUUCAGUGUAUGGAGUAGUAGUAAACGAGAGCGACUUCUCAGGUUAAAACCAUCACAGCGACAUAUAUUCUUAUAUGAAAAGGCUCUUAUAUUUUGUAAACAUAGUAAACCACAAGCUCAUGAUAAAGCUACAUACCACUUCAAAAGAUAUCUAAAAAUGUCACAAAUUGGACUAACAGAAUCAGUAAAGGGCGAUGCAAGACGGUUUGAAAUUUGGUUACAAGGUCGAGCUGAAGUACAUACAAUACAAGCACCUACCGUUGAUGUGAAGCAGUCUUGGGUGCGUCAAAUUAAAGGCGUUUUAAUGUCUCAAUUAGCUGAACUUAAAGGGAAACAAAAUUCUGCUCUUGGAAAAACAAAUCACAAUUUUGCGCAAAAUAUUUGUAGACCCUUGCGGCAAACGAUUUCAUGGGAAGCUCAAGGCAGCGUUUCAGGAUCUUUGAGAACACUUUCAGUUGAUGGUAGCAGUGUUAUAUCACAUAUUACAGAUAUUUCACAAUCAACUGAAGAUGAUGUUGCAUGGAGUUCGGAAAACAGUAAUACUGAUGACGAAGAUGCUUUCAGUGAAAAUCCUGGUCCUGCUCCUGGUGGAAGAUACGUAGCAUUAGCCGAUUAUUGCGCAGUUGGUCAAUCAGAAGUUACAAUGCGUGAGGGAGAUAAUUUAGAACUACUUAAAGUCGGAUGUGCUGGUUGGUGGUUUGUAAAAUUAAUAAACACUGGAAUAGAAGGAUGGGCACCAGCAGCUUACCUGGAACCAAUGAAUCGAAAGACAUCGCGUAGCUCGCAAUCAGUGAAUAGCCAAGAAACUAUAUGAAACAGGCGUCUAACACACUAGAUUUUCUAGUGUGUUAGAUUCAAGCAUAUAUUUGAAGGGUAUCACUUGUUGGGGUGUAGUAUUAACAAUCACGUAUUGGGAGAUUUUAUAAUGCAUACAAAAAUAUAGAUAAGACUUCGGAAAUUUUGCAUAAUAUACAUUUAUCAGUGUAAUGAAAUUUGUUUUAAAUUACGAUAGCAAUAUGUACUUGAUCGAUUAUAAUUAAUCUGUGAAUAAUUAUAGUUAUAUAUAACUUUUGAAAUGAAAAAUUAGAUGAGAAGAAAUUUAAGAUACUAACUUGAUUAUUUGAUUCUCUAUAAAAAAAAAGUAUAAAUAUAAACGAGAAAUCAGAGAAUGAAGAAAUGCAUGAACUUUUUUACUACAUAAAGAGUGUUAUAAAAAAAAUUGUUGGUGAAAGUGCUUUAUGCAAGCAAAUAAAAUUUGCAUUUACUAUAAUAUAAUAUUAACUAGAUUUAUUCUUACAGAAAGAAUAUUUAUAGAAUUGCAUAAAACGUAUUUGGAUAGUGAAUUAAAAAGUUUAUGCACGCACAUAUGCAUAUUUACAUAUACGUACAAUACAAUUACUAUAAGUUAUACUGAUUUAUAUUUAACUCUUUGCAUUUUCCAAUAUUGCAAAGAAAAUAACUAUAAUAAGAUGCAAUCAUUUCGAUCACAUAGUUACUACUUCCAUAAAAGUUACAUUAGAAAUUAUAAUCUAUAAAAUUUGUCUAUACUUGUGAUCUGUAUAAUAUUUGCAAAUAUUAUAUGCAAAUAUUCCAAAGUUUAUAUUAGAUUUGGGAUAUUUUAGUUUUGUAUUAUUAGCUAAUAUUGAAAUAACAAAGCUUAUGUACAGGGAAAAAUCAGAUAUAUCUGUGUUAUAUUUAUAAAAUAUUUUCUAGUAAAAUUAUAUAGGUAUACUAUGGUUUAACUAUAUAGAAAAUUUAUUUAUAUAUUUAUUAUAUUAUAUUAUCAUCAACAUUGCAUUUAUUUUCAAAAAUAAUUUAGUAUAAUAUUGUUUCCAAUACAUAAAAAAAUUUAGAAUAUUUGUAACUUAUUGGAAACUUUAAAAAAAUCUUUAAAAUUAAAAUGAAUAUACAAGUAUUUAUUUAAUGCUUCUGCGAAUGAAGUAUAAAAAUUUAGCAGAAGUACUUUGUUGACAUAUUAAUAUAGAUAAAAUAGAAAAUAUACUGUUAAUAAAUCUUUGUGACCAAACAGCUUGAUAUUAGUACUAUUUUAGUAUAUAACAAAUAGCUUAUUUCAAAUAUUUAAUGAAAAGAAAACGAAAUAUAGAAUAUUAAGUAAUACAUACACAAGUUUUCAAAAGUAUAAAAAUUAACACCAAACAUUGUGCAAUAUAUAGUACUGUAAUAAACUUUAGAAUAUAAUAUUUCAAAAAAAGCAAUUUUAAGAGAAUUGGUAAUUUAUGAAUUUCUUAAAUAUUUAAUGAUGAUAAAGUAGGUAUAAUAUAAUUUAUACUGAAAAUUUAUAUGGAUAUAGAAACACUAAAUAAGAAAUUUAUGUUAUGGAUUAAUAUUUUUCUUUUAUAGAUAAAUGUGCAAUAAUUAUGUUUAUUUUAUGAUUAAAAUUAUAAUUUAUAUUACUUAUUUAUACAUAACAAAACUAUUGUGAUUAUAAGAUAUACAUGUUGAGUACAAAUAAUUUAUUUUAGUAAUUAAUUAUUGAAAUAAAUUUAUGUUAUAAUAUAUAGUCAUCAUAAUAAAUAUUAUAUUUGAAUAAUUUAAAAAUAAGAUCGAUAGUUACAUUGUUAAUGUUUUACUAAUAGAAGAUUAAUUUUUGACCAAAGAAAAUUAUAUAUCCUUCUUUGGUAAAGUAUGACGAAGAAGAUACUAUUAAUUUAUAAUUUUAAAUAGUAUUAUGUUGUGUAAAAUUAAUUCAAUUUUUAGUUUAUUAUUUAUCAUUUUUAUCCACUUUUACGCCGUCCUAAUAUUGACUAGUUAUAGGAUUUCAUCAAGUAAAUUAUUUUAUUUGAUAUUUAAUGUAUAAGUUAUCUUAUACAGUUUAAAAAAAUAUAAAGUAUAUUCAGAUAUGGCUAUAUUGAUAAUAAAAUUUCGCUGUACAAAUAUUUACAAUGUAUAAACAAUUUUAAAUCUGAUUAUACUUUUUAUUAAAAAAGUAAUUGCAAAUUUUACUUUUUAUUAUUUAUAUUUUUCAUUAAAUUUUUGUAUUGUAAAAUAUAUCCUAGUAGAAAAAAGCAAAUAAAUAUUUAGGUUAUUAGAAUUUUUUGUAGAUAAUAUUAAAUUAAUACAUAGACAAUAAUUAUAUGACAAAUGUGGAAUGAUUCUGUUAUGAAUGUAUUAAGAACAUAAUAAUAAUUUUUAAAGCAAAUGAAGCAAAGUUACUUGUUUUUAGAAAGGAAAACUGAAUGAUAUUAAUGGAAAGAAGAAUGUUUAUUCUGUACAAUAUUAAUAGAAUUACAAUAUAAUGAUUAAAAAUAUUCUUAGAAAUAUUAGCUUUGUUUACAAAAUCAAAAUCUGAAAUUAAUUUAAAAAAAAAAAUUUAUUCCAGUUGAAAUUUCGACUGUAAGCUUUAGCAAAAAAUUUCUUUUGUUAUUCCUUUAAGGUAAAUUUAAUAUAAUUUAUUUUUACACAAGAAUAACAUAAGCAUAAUAAUUUAUAUAUGAUAAAAUUAAGCAUUAAAAACAAACUUGUCAAACAUUUUAGUAAAAAAUUAAUUUAGAUAACAGCUCUCUGUUCAAAUAAUAAAAUUUUGUUUUAAUUUUAGUCAAGUUGAAAUUGAUAAUAAUAAUGAUGUAUUUAUUAUAUUUAGAUUGACAGCCAUAAAAGUCAUAUUUUUAAUAAUUCAUGUUGGUGUAACUGGUGUAAUUAGUUAAUUGUAUUUUGUUUAAUGUAUUUUCUGUGUAUUUAUUAAUAUAAUAUAAUAAUAUAAUAUGAUAAGAUAAAAAUAUAUAUGAACUCAGAAAAUAAUUUCUCUUUAACCUAUAUCUAGUUUAUUUUUUAAUUUCACGAUAGAAAUAUAUAAAUAUACUUUAAAUAUAGUUAUAUAUAUAGUAUAUGUAUAAAAUAUUCUACAUUUUCCAAUAUUUAUGUUCUUUAGUAAACAUUGUAAGAGUUAAAGUUUCAUAUUUGAUGAUCGCAAUUAAGUAAUUUUAUACUGUCCGAUAUCCAAAUUUAAAUUUAAAUUUACGACCAAAUUCGAUUUAAAUCGAUAUUAAUUUAAACAAGGAACGAUAGAUGAGGCAAGUAUAUACACGACGAACCAUUUCACUGUGCUCUUUCAGAAGACUUGGAAGGAACUGAUUUAUUCGUUAUUGAUCACGCUGUGCGUAAUAGUAACUUAUACUCUUAGUAGUGGUCUUUAACAUAAUCAUUUUCGUAAAUUUUUUUAAGUUUUAUUGUUAAGUUUCAUUAAAAGAGUAG